AUGUCUAUGAAAGCUCUGAUUGUUGAAGAGUUCGGCGACUCGUCGAAACUAAAGUAUAGUGAGGUUCCCAAGCCAGAACCCGCAGAAGGAGAGGUAAAUAAACUAGUCUAUUUUACAUUUCUCCCUCCUAAGAACUGUCUCGGUCUUUGCCUCUUUCAUGUGGGGCAGUGCUGAAUCAUAUUGGCGGUUUCAAUUUUUAAUGAUCGUGUAAUUUAAGCCAAAAUAGUGGAUAUUUUAAGGGGACAAUUGCCAUUAUUAACCUGACUGUAUUGAGAUUCUCGUAAAGCAAAACAUGUGAAAAUAAGCUAUAGGCGCCAUUGGCAAAAUGAUGGUAAUGACUGUACAAGUUUAUUGUACAUGACCGCGCUACGUAAAAGGCUGCGACUGCAAACUGCCCGGUUCACCCAUCGUAUUCUCUCGAAUAACACAACACGUUUUACCGAUCUAAUUGGCACUCUCGCUUAGAUAAGCGCCCGUCCCCAUGGCCUUAAAUGUCAAAUGCCCUCCUCCCCCCAUACUCCAUCACUUUCUUGAAUAUUAAGGAUACAAAAAAAAACCUCUUUCUGUUGCCACUUGAUUUUUUAACUUAAUUGAUGAGUCCCAAUUACAGCCGAAUUAUAAAAGUAUCCCUUUUCAUUAAGAGCUUGCUAUUUUAUAAACAUCUUUAUAUUAGCAAUUUUUUUUAACUUAUUCAAGGAAAUACAGUAAUAGUGUAAUCCCACAAGAAGUUUUAUUGGAAAUAGUUGAAAUACUUUUUAAAACCAAAAACUUUUAAUGAAGAGUGAAAAUGCAGAUUUGUAAGAGCUAGAGAACAAGAUAUCAGACAAUAAACAUUUGAAGUGUUUCUGUAUUCCUUUAUCUUGCUGCAGUGAAAACAGUGAAAGUUAAGAUUACUACUUCUUCUCCUCUCAAUGCCUAGUAAACACAGACCGGCUAAGGACCUUUGGACAUGUUUGUGAGAAAAAAAUUGCAAUAAAGUGGUCAAAUUUAACAACAUUGGGUAUUUAACAUCUUCAACUAGAGGUUCGAUUUUUUUUGCUUGAAGUCUUAUUAUGUAUGAAAUCAAUUAUAAAAUAAAUUUGAGUACCUCUGGGUUAAAAUUUAUGUUAUGUUGUCUUUAAGUUUUGGUAAAAAAUGAGAUUUGUGGCUUGAAUUACCUUGAUGUCUUGGUAAGGAAUGGGGCUUUGCCUCUCAAAGCUGUAGGAUCAGGGUUUCCUUUGACAAUGGGGGUGGAGGCUGCUGGAACAGUGGAAAAAAUUGGUGUUAAUGUCACUAGUGUGUCUAAAGGAGAGAGAGUAGCAUAUGCAGUAGUUGGAUCUGGUAAAUGAAUGAUUUAUUUUGUAGAUGCUAUAGUAUGUCCCUGGUUGACCACUUCUGUCACCAAUCACCUCUUAUAAGCAACAAGUUCUCAAAAAUACCAAACUUUAGUAUAUGAAAUACCACAGGGCACCUACUACUUGUAGGUGACAGCAAUCACUUCAGUAAUAUAAUGUUAUAGUGAAUUGUUUGACUAAUUGUAAUUACUGAAGCUUAUUUAUAUUUAUUUUCAUUUAUUUCCUCAUGGGGACUCAGAUUUUUUCUUUGUCCCUCACUCAUGACAAGAAGAAAAAAAUCUUUCUCUAUUUCUUUACUGAGCUAAAAACUUACCAUCUUUCUUAAUCUUAUUUAAAUCAUUAACCUCAAUAUGGGUGUCAAUUGAAUGACAAGACUCUUGAAAAAAAUGUGUAAGCUAAUAAUAGAGCUUGCCUUUUUAGCGAUAACUUUGGUAUAUUCAUACCAGUAUAUGCCAGAAUACUUAAGUUAUGAAUCUUCCACUCUCCUGGACAUUUACCUGAAUGAAUCUCCUAUAUAUGUCUAUUUAUGGAGGGUACAUAAAGAAAAUUUCCAUUGAAAAAUUAUCAUGUUUACCAUUAAAGGAUUGUUGAUUUUAUAAUGAAUUUGUGUUCAUUUUGUCUCAGGUGCUUUCAAUGUAGCUACUUUUAAUUUGUGUGGUGAUGUUAGGUGGAUUGUUUAAACAAAGUUUAGCUGUUGUUAAACAAAACGGCAUUCUAAAGUAUCUUGAAUUUAGCUGAAUCUUUUAUCUGGACAUUUAUUUUUGUGAGCAGUAUCAAGAGAGCAAGAAGCAGCUAGUCAGCAGUUGAAGGACAUUUAUUUGAUGAAGACAAUCUGCUUAUAGAAAAUAUGUAAGACCCACUGCCUGUGUAAAAACCAUGCUUUAGGCCUGUUAAGUUUACAAAGUCAAUUCACAAAUUUAAGGUAUGAUUUGAGAGGUUGUGGAUUUAAUCCAAAAUUAUAUUUCUCCAGAAUAGAUAGAUUAAAAAAAAGAUAUCAAAAUGACAUUGUAGGCUGAAAAUACAUGAUAAUUGGCUCUCUUGGAUGAAUGACUUCUAAAGUGCCUCAAGUGAAAAUGUAUAGAAAGAUCAAAAUUUUUGAAAAGUUGUGGCUCAACCAGUGACUAAUCCUAGAUUAUUUAUGCUAACUGUUAGGGAGUCUGACUUGAAUUUUGAGUCAAUAACAUGGGCUGAUACCAUAAAUAGUUUCUAAAUAAUUUUUAUCACCAGGAGCACAUGCUGAGUGUGCAAAAGUGUUAGCAUCAAGACUGGUAAAAGUUCCAGAGGAGAUUAGUUUUGAGCAAGCUGCCACAUCAAUGAUUCAGGGGAUGACUGCACACUACCUUGUGCAUACAACUGGCAGAGUGAAGCCUGGUGACAAGGUGUUGAUACAUGCUAUCUCUGGAGGGACUGGGUCUCUUGUGUGUCAAGUGGCAAAGAAUGCAGGUAACAAAAGUAUUUGGUUUUCAGUUUGGAGAUAUCCAGUGGAAUCUUUUUUAAGGGAUGCUUUCAGGACUAGUGUAAAUAUAACCAAGGAAGGCAUCCCCCCCAAAAUAGCAGUGUCACACCCUAGAACUCUUCAAGAUAAGCUCUCUGAAAGUAAUUUGUAUAGAAACAUGAUUUUGAAUUGAGGAGCUGGGCAAAGUAGGCAGUAGUUAAACAAAUACUUGUAAUGCCUCAAAGAGAGCAUGUAGCCUAUUAGCUGCAUAAUUAGACUACUUAGUAAAUGAAACGAUUAAGUUUGUGAUUAAAAGAAAGGUUGGGAAUAGUAAGUGACACACCAAAGGAGGAGUGUGGAUGCUAGUAGGAAGGGAUAGAAUCAUGGAAAGUAAAAUUUAUUGACUUACUAUAUUUUUGUCAGCAAUUAGUUUGCUUCCAAUAGACCUCUUUAAUACAUACCAGAUGAAUGGUGCUCUUUGCACAUACUAAUCAGCUAGUUUGGAAGUGAAGAGCAAAAAAUAUUCACCUGCAAGCAGCCAAUGAGACAAGAUUGUGCAUCAAGAGUUUCUCAUCAAUUAGCCACCUCCACUUUGGUGGAUAAUUGUUAAUAAGCUUCUAUGUUUUGUUUACCCAUUUCAGGUCAUGUGACAAUACUCAAGAGAACUGUUUCUUUCAAAUUUCCUCUUAUUCAUGUACAUAUGUUAACAUAAUUUACAAAAGAUAAAGCUGGAAAAUCCUUUGAGACCUGAAAUGGGUAAGCAAAACAUACAAGCUAAAGAGGUCUAUUCCACUCUCCAUUUCUGGGAGGUUUCUAUUAUUUAUUUUACAACUGCAUGAAAUAUCCCAUUUAUGUUAUCAAUUACUGCAACCCAAAUCUCUAUUUAGCAGCCUGUGUAGGCCAUCACCUUAUCAUUCUCAUCAUUCACUUCCCACACUUCCCACAGCCAACCUUCUUUUUCGGGUGCAGUCAGUGCUUCAAGUUGAAACAAACAAGGUCAAUGAGGGGCCGAAAUAUUUUUUCCAAUUUCCUUUUACUUGUGCUUGGACUGCUCUUAAUCUUGCCAAGUUGAUCAGGUAAUUAUCUAGUCAAUUCAGCUGAGAUUUAUAGACGAAAUUCCUUCAAGCCCAUAAUUUCAACAUUUAUCAGGAGCAUUUGUGAUUGGUACAACCAGCACCGAGGCCAAAGCAGCAAAGGCAAGGAAGACUGGUGCCGAUGAGGUCAUCCUUUACUCACAGAAAGAUUUUGCCGAAGAGGUCAACAGGAUCACUGAUGGAGAAGGGGUGAAUGUUAUUUAUGAUGGUAUAGGGAAAAAAACCUUUGAAAAAGGUAUGAUGUGGAUCAAAUAUCAAAAAGGACAUUUAUAACUUUUGGUUCAAGUUUAAUAAUAAUCUGACCUGUCUCAAGCUAAAUUAGUACAAUGGAAUGAUCCCAUAUUUAUUACUUCUUACUCAUGAUGUACGGGACAGAUGCCACAAAAAAUUUUUAAACCAUUUUGUAUAUUUAAUCCAUGAAAUCAAGAAAGCAGGAAUCAUUGCGAUCAUCUAAAUUCAAAGAUUAAUGUUUAACCCUUUAACUCCCAGACCAAAUUUGUAAUUCUCCUUAAUGUCAACAAUACAACACUUGUAACAAUACAACACUUGUAAUGUUAGUUUAGAGAAUUUAUUAUUGUAUCAACUAAUUAUCCCCAAAUUGAUAUUUUUCUUUAUUCUUAUCACUUAUCUGCUUGAUAUUGUAAGGAGAAAUUCUGUCUUGGUCACUCAUGGGAGUUUAAGGAUUAAAGGGAACGGAUUGUUAAAGUUACAGGUCAUUGAAGUCCCCUUGAAACUGCCUUUCGUGAGAUUUACAAAAAAUGAAAACUUCCAUUUCAUGUUUCACGUAGAAAUGUUUAAAACCUGUCCGCACUAAUACUUAUCUUUUCUGUUCCGCUGUAGACUUCGAGUGUUUAGCUGUCCAAGGAAUCGUGGUGUCUUUUGGAGUAGUUUCCGGGACUCCUCCUCCGUUAGAUCUUAACAUACUCGCCAAAGGUUCCUUCUCCGUCUGCCGACCUUCGUUGUUUCACCACAUCAAAAAGGAAGAGGAUUUGAAGUGGCGCAGCUCUGAAGUGUUGAACUGGAUCAAGAAAGGCGAAGUGAAGUUUGGCGACUUUACUGUAUUACCGCUGUCUGAGGGAAAGAAAGCUUACGAGUUGUUGGAAAGUGGAAAAUCUACAGGAAAAGUCUUGAUGAAGCCAUGAGCUGAACUGAAAGAUUUAAGCGGUUAAUCGCAAUAAAACUCAGUUUUAGUUGAUCCUAGGAUAAAAACAUACAAAAUGCUAACGAAUCUCUUUAUCAAUAUGUGUGUUUUCGUGUUCCUUCGCAAACAAGCUGGAGAUUGUACAAUCAGCAUGGUACAAGUUAAAUGCGCAGGGAUUUCUUUUAGUGUUCUUUGGAGAUUUUAUUCUAGAACAAAAUGGAUGUUUACGUUUUCUAAGUUAUGCAAAAGCCAGAAAGUUUGGCUUUUAGACCAGUGUUUGUUAUACUCUUUACUCCAUUUUCUGUACGUUUAACAUCUUGUAACACUCGUUGUAUCUUGCACCAAGAAAAGAAAAGCUGGCUCCUAAUUACAUAAUAUGGGUUAACCCUUUACACCCCAACAUUGGUCUGCAUAAUCUCCCUACUGUUCUCCAUACAUUUCCCAUAGUUUUGGCAAGGAGAAUUUGCGGAAUGAUUAAGAACUUCUUCAGAUGGUAACCAUUUCCUGUAUUCUCGUGGCCUUGAUGUUUGAUGUAAGGGUGAUUCUCUGAGAAAAAA